AUGGGCGACGCCGCCUACGCAUACAAGGGACACCUCGUGCUCUCGUUCGACGACGAGACUGAGCCAUCGACAGGCAGCGUGUGCUGCUGGCUGCGCCGGUCGGGCGCACUCACGUGGGCGGCGCCCGGGCAGGACGUCCGCGUCCUCGACUGCCAACUCGCGUUCGCCGACGACAAGGACUUUCUCAACGAGCGUUUCUUCCUCUCGACGCCGUCCGGGCAGCUCGUGACGGCCAUGACCAAGUCCGCGGCCGACCGCGACGCUUGGCUCCUCGCGCUCCAGCUCGUCCUCGAGAAGCGCGUGACACCGAGUCCCGCUCUCGUCGAGACAUCGCAGUCACAGCGCACGGCCAGUGCUGACGUAGUUCUCACUCGCUUUCGCGACUGGCAGAACCUGCUUGCGCUGCAGGCCAACGACCCAUUAGGGCUCUUCAAGGAGACGCGACAUUGGAGCCGGCUCGGCGCCAAGGACAAGGCUGCGUACCACGACUUGCAGGAGUACAUGGACAGCGGGCCCAUCGACGUCUGCAGCCUCGUCGCCGGGCUCUACACGUACAUGACGUCGCCCUUCCUCUUUGUGUCGACGCUCGCGCAACUGGCGGUCGUCGCCGAGUCGGACGUCGCGCACCUCGGGAUGUACUGGCCGCAGAUUCUGCACUGGGGUUUUGCAUCUCUCGCGUCGUGCCAGUCGAUGGCCAUGCAGCUCUUCUACGUCCUCUUCCUCGCGGGUGUCGGGCGCCGAUCCACGGUGUUGGCGCUGCGGACGCACUGGGACGCGGUAGCCGCGCGCACCGACGGCGCCAAGGGCCACGACGACGACGCCUGCUUUGGUGCAUCGCUCAUGCAGUUUUACGGCGUGUACGUGGGGCUCAAUGCGACGGCAUCGACGACGGAAAUGGCGAGUCUUGUGCUGGGCCCCACGACGUCCGACCACGACGCCAUGCAGCUGCUCGACCAGCUCCUGCAUACCACCCAAGCGCUACGGUCCAACUCGCGGUCCAGCUCAGUCUUUGGCGCGUGGCUUGGGGCCCUCACGCCGUCCGACGUCGCGGCCGUGUCGACGCAGCUGGAUGCUAACCGGUUCCUGCCACCAUUUCCCGAUGCGUCCAGCCCGGUGGCGUCCGAGCCGGUGCAGGAUCUCCGCAGCAUGAUCUUGCUACCGGGCGACGACGACGAGGCGUUCUUUGCCGACCUGGAUACCGUCCUCGCCGAGAUGCAACCCGAGACCGCCAUUGACGCACUCGACGUGUUUGGCGACACGGUGCACCUCGUGCAGUCGCUUGUCGUCGCAUCGCAAAACUUCAAGCGCCAGUUCAAUUCCGGCAAAGACCGGAAAGCGCAUCUUCCACAUGUGCUCUCGCGGCUAAGCGCGACGCUGCCGGCCCACGCGAUUUUGCCGCUGACUGUGCACGACGACACGCAAAAGCGUGUGCGUAGUAUUGUGCCGACAGAAGGCACGGUCUUCUCGACGAAGGCGCGGGCGCCGACCAUGGUCUUCUUCGAGACGAUCGCGAUCACCGAGGCGACGACGGUGCGUCAUCGACCCGACCCAGCUACGGACGCAGCGCCGACCUCGUACCUCCUGGAUGCGUUUCUGGAUGCGGACCUUGGGCGUGAUCGCCGGGCGUCGACGGCAUGUCGCAGCCACAGCCGGAGCACGCCACGUCCGAGUGAAGACUGCGUUGGCGUCGAUCGGUCGUUCGUGUCCGACUGCCCGGUCGCCCUCAAGCUCCUAGAAGGCGAGGAUGACAAUGAUACCAACAAGAUGGUGGCGGAGAUCAACCCGGCCGAGACCGAGUCGUUCCGGGAGAAGCGCUCGCGACUGCAAGCACAGAGCCUUUACCGCUCGGAACUUGGGUGGGACUUGGUGCCGGUCAUUGCCAAGAGCUUUGACGACAUGCGGCAAGAAGUGUUCAUCAUGCAGCUUUUGCACAUCUUUGUCGAGUGUUUUUGCGACACGGAGCUCGUGCUGCGCCCGUAUACCAUUCUCUGCUGUGGCGACGACUGCGGGCUCAUGCAGGUCUUGCUGGACGCGGACUCGGUCUCGGACGUCAAGAAGCAUCAUCCAGGACAGUCGCUCGACGCCAUCUUUAGGGCGCGGUACCCGAUACGCGAGCGGCUUGCGGUGGCCCGCGAUAACUUUAUUCGGUCCAUGGCCGCGUACAGUCUAUUUUGCUACAUUCUACAGAUCAAAGAUCGCCACAACGGCAAUGUGAUGCUGCACGUCGACGGCACGAUUUUGCACAUUGAUUUCGGCUUUGCCUUUGGGAUAGCUCCGGGCGGUCGCUUUAGCUUUGAGCGCGCGCCGUUCAAGCUCACGGAUGAGAUGGUCCUCACGAUGGGCGGGAAGGAGAGUCCGGGCUACCAGCGUUUUUUGCGGCUCCUCGGCGACGGUCUUUUGGCCCUGCAGCACCAUGCAUCUCGUAUCUUGGCGCUUGUGAGCAUGACGGCCAAGAAAUCACCAUUCCCGUGCUUUGUGGGGCAGAACGUCCCCCUGCUCCUCCGCCGACUCCAAGAUCGACUGUGUGUGGGCGCAUCCGACAGCGACGUCCGGCUCCACGCACAGCGACUGGCCGACCAGAGCUGCAAUAGUCUGCGCACCCGCCUGUACGACCGGUACCAAUACCACUCGAACGGGUAUGUUAGCUGA